UAUAAAACUAGUCUGACUGAAAUAUGUAAAAGACUGUCAAUUGUCAUAAAAUUGUAAAUUUACAAAGAUAAAGCGAAAUAAAGAACGGAAACUUUUGCAAAAUUGAUAGUGCUAAUUUUAAAAAAAUUUAGAAUGCAAAACGUAAUUAACACAGUUAAGGGAACUGCAUUGGGAGUAGCUGAGUAUUUAACUCCAGUUUUGAAGGAAAGUAAAUUUCGUGAAACAGGAGUCUUGACUCCAGAAGAGUUUGUUGCGGCCGGUGAGCAUUUGGUUCAUCAUUGUCCCACAUGGCAGUGGGCAUCAGGAGAUGAGGCUAAAAUUAAACCAUAUCUCCCUAAAGAUAAACAGUUCUUAAUUACAAGAAAUGUUCCUUGCUAUCGUCGGUGCAAACAAAUGGAAUAUGUAGGGGAAGAGACUGUUGUAGAAGAUGAAACUGGGGACGGAGGAUGGGUUGAAACACAUCACUUUGGUGAUGAUGGUGACACAUCAGAAAUAGAAGAUAAAGUUUGUGAAAUGACUUUGGACAACAAUAAGAUCAAUGAAUUAAGGGAAGAAAACAAGGAUAUUGAAAAACAAAAUGGCGGAGAUGACGAUGAGGAUGAUGAAGCAAUCGAUAUGGAAGAAUUUGAAGAAAGUGGAUUGUUAGAUCUCGUAGAUCCAGCGAUUGCAACAACUACCAGGGAGCCCGAGUGUGACAAAAAACUUGAUGGUGGGGACGGUGAAAAUGAUGAUUCUGUCGUGCGCACCAGAACAUAUGAUCUACAUAUAACGUACGAUAAAUAUUAUCAAACUCCAAGAUUAUGGGUUGUUGGCUAUGAUGAGAAUAGAAAAUCAUUAACAGUUGAACAAAUGUAUGAGGAUGUUAGCCAAGAUCACGCUAAAAAAACUGUGACUAUGGAAAAUCACCCUCAUUUGCCUGGUCCAUCAAUGGCUUCAGUUCAUCCAUGUCGUCAUGCUGAUAUUAUGAAAAAAAUUAUUCAAACCGUUGAGGAAGGUGGUGGUCAAUUAGGGGUUCACAUGUAUUUAAUAAUAUUUUUAAAAUUUGUUCAAACAGUGAUACCUACAAUAGAAUACGAUUUUACUCAAAAUUUCACUAUAUAAAAAACUUUAAAAAAAUUAUAUAAUACUUUUUUCUUAUAUACCCAACAUUUACUUUUUAAUUUUACUAUAUUUUCUAACAUCAGACGAAUUUCAAAUAUAAAAUAAUAUAAAAUUUAUUUACAUAGAUAUUUGAAAAUUGAACAAAACUAAAUAAGUGUAAUUUUAAUGCAUGUUCUGAUAUUUAAAAAAUGUAACAUGUACAUUUGCUUUUAAAUAUUAGCAAUAUUAAUUUAUUUUACGUUAUUAGUCUUCAAAUAACCUAUUAUUAAAUGCUUAAAAAAAAUGCAUUAAAAUUUUAAAAUUUUAUAUAUUGGUAUUAGAUUUUCUUCCAAAAUUCUGCUUAAUAAAAAUAUGUAUGGUGGAAUAAAUUCCAGGAAAGCUAUGCUUAUAGGUAGGUAGUAUUAUAUUAUUAACCAAAAAACAAAAAUUUUAUUUUAAUGACAUUUUACAUGUUACAAAAAUUAAAAGUGAAAAUACAAUUUUAUUUAUGGAAAAAAAAUCUUAUCUUAGUUCAAUUAUAAUGUUAUUUUUAUGAACGAAAAAAUUUUGAGAGGAAUUAAACCUAGUGAACCAGUAUAAAGUUGUCGAAAGAAAACUUCUAUUUAAAAUAAAUCUAAAAAAUGGUUUUGGAUAACUAAUAAAGUUCAAUAAAAUAAAAUUUGUAAACCCAA